AGAAAAAAAGUCAUUGAGAUUUUCUGGUAACCGACUUAAUUGCUAUUUUGUGCAUAGCAGGUCCACAAACAAGCAAUCACUCUUCUUUGGGUUCUAAGAAUAAAGAAAUCUGUUCUUAUUUGGCUGCAUGUAAAUGAGCAACAGAGAUUCUGGCUGUGGGGAUACAGAUAUGGAAGAACUUACAAAUAAUUUGAAUGACCUGCUUCCCUUAUCCUCUGAGUGCUGUAUCUACAAGGUUCCAAAGCGACUACGUGGUGUAAAUAACAAGGCCUAUACACCUCAGGUGGUCUCAAUUGGCCCCCUUCACCAUGGUCGAAAAAGCCUAAAAGCCAUGGAAGAGCAUAAAAUGCGGUACAUGAAGGACUUUCUUGAACGAACAAAUGUUAGGUUGGAGUAUCUUUUCGAAAAAAUGAUGGAAAAGCAAGCACAAAUUCGUGCUUCUUAUGCAGUAACCAUCAAAUUGAGAGAACAUGACCUUGUAAAAGUGAUUAUGGUUGACGCCACUUUUACCUUUGAGGUCAUGCUCAGAGUUUCUUUACCAUCACUACAAAACGAAAACGACCGAAUAUUUGGAAAACCAAGGAUGCUAAGGGAUAUUAUAUAUGACAUGUUGUUGCUUGAAAAUCAGGUGCCAUUCUUUAUCCUCGAGUAUCUCUACUUUUUAGCCUAUUCCAACAAUACAAUUCCUCUCGAAAGAGGGCUUUCCAUCAUUACCCUAACCUAUAUGUUAUUCCGCAAUAGG